GGGUGUAUGUGUGUGUGUGGGGGGUGUAUGUGUGUGUGUGUUUGUGCAUAUGUUUAUUUACGUGAAGAACUUCUUCGGGGACAAAUAAUGGAACAGUUCUAAAGCUACCAGCAGGAUUUGAACCUAGGUGCUUCAGAACCAAAAUAGGGGAGGGGAGGCCACUACUUGAGACAAAGGGGCAGCACUAUUAGAGGGUAGCAGUAGCAGGCUAUUAUCCUCUAUGCAAACCCGCCCCUAGCAGGAGAGGCAGCACACUUCAUAAGCAUAUUGCAUUAGGAUGUGGUAUGAGUUUUGCAUGGGGUAUGCACUGGGGCAGAAGAUUGGUGCAUACUCAGUACAAGAGAGGAUAUCAGAUGAAUCUACAAGACACUGGGGAGAGAGUGCUGAGUAGCUGUGCAACGCAACUGGGAGAAUUAUAAUUCACUGGGUCCACGUGAACCGAAAAGGCUGGAAACAGAAAAAGGGAGGCAGCCAAAUAGGAAUAAUCAGUCUGUGAAAGCAAAAGAUAAGGGCAGGAGAAAGUCAGGAUGACCUUGCGACUGCUGUCCAGGGGUUGUCUCUGGAGCUGAGUUAAUAACUGGGUUUUUGAGUCAGGGGCCAAACCCAAACAGCCAGAAAAAACUCUGGUUGGCUUCACACCAAAACUGAAUUUUAACAAAAUGUUCUCAGCAGAAUGAACAAAAAAUUUCAUCUGGGUCCAACUAAAGAUUUCAAAUGUCGAUUGGAAACAACAUUUGGUCUGGAAAAAGUCAUUUCAGAACAAACUCGCCAAACGCUUCAAAAUGUUUUGCCAUUUCUGAAAUGUUCAUUUUGGUUUUUUGUCCAAAACUAUUCACUGAUUUUGACCCACAUUCACAAAUCGUUUCGGUGCCUGGAAAAGGUAUUCACUGUUUGUCCCCCAGCACCUCUUGUGCCAAGCAGAGAGGGGACCUCCAAGCCAUCCCGCACUUCGGAAUGGCCUGGACCCAUCUGAGUAGGACACCCCAUCACAGGAGCUAAGAGGAAUAAGAAGGACUUUGAAAAUUGUGGUGAUUUGGGGUAACAAAAAAACGCUGUAGGAAAAGGUCCCGGUGACGUUCGAUGACGUCGCCGUCUAUUUCUCCCGGGAGGAGUGGGAGAUGCUGGCAGACUGGCAGAAGGAGCUGUACCAGGAGGUGAUGAGGGAGAAUUAUGCAAAUCUGAUUUCUCUGGCAGGGGACUGGCCCAGGCAGAGAAGCAAGAAGAAAAAUGAGGAGGAAUGUGCUGAAAAGUUGGAAGCCCCGGAGCUGCCGACUGGAAACAGCUCGGCCAACGGCUCAGAGAAGGCACAGAACUGCAGCACUCAGAGCGUCCGUGUCCCAGAGCCAAGCGGCGAGGAAGGCGGCUGGCCGGGGCAGCCGGUUGAAGGUGGAAGAGGGAACAGCCAUUGCACGUGGCCCAGCGGGAACCAGGCACCCAAGAAAAGGGCAAGACCACACAAUUGCGACGAGUGCUGGAAAAGCUUCACCUGGAGAUCGGAGCUGGUUCAGCACCGCAGGACUCACACUGGGGAGAGGCCGUAUAAGUGCGCUGAGUGCGGGAAGGGCUUCAGCCAGCACGUCAACCUGACCAUCCACCAGCGUAUCCACACCGGCGAGCGGCCCUACCGGUGUGGCGAAUGUGGGAGGGGCUUUACCCAGCAUAUCAACCUGACCCUCCACCAGAGAAUCCACACUGGGGAGCGCCCGUACCAGUGCAGUGAGUGUGGGAAAAACUUCAUCCGCAAAUCCAACCUGGCCAAGCACCAGAAGAUCCACACGGGCGAGAAGCCCUUCCAGUGCGCCCAGUGUGGGAAGAGCUUCGUGCACAAGUCUGGCCUGGUGUCGCACCACAGGACCCACACGGGGGAGCGGCCGCACCAGUGUGAGGCGUGUGGGAAGCGCUUCGGCCACAAGUCGGGCCUGCUUUCGCACCGGAAGACCCACACGGGCGAGCGGCCCCACCAGUGUGCCCAGUGCGGGAAGAGGUUCCGGCAUAAGUCAGGUGUGGCCUCACACCAGAGCACCCACACGGGUGAGCGGCCUCACCAGUGCUCCCAGUGCGGCAAGCGGUUCUCCCGCACCUAUGAGCUCAUCUCCCACCAGCGCCUGCACACAGGGGAGCGGCCCUACCCAUGUGCCGACUGCGACAAGAGCUUUGUGCGCAAAUCCAACCUGGUGAAGCACCAGCGCGUGCACACGGGGGAGCGGCCCUACCAGUGCGGCCAGUGCGAGAGGAGCUUCUCCCAGAGGUAUGAGCUGGUGGCUCACCAGAUCACCCACACCGGGGAGAGCCCCUAUACCUGUGCCCAGUGCGGGAAGAUCUUCAGCCAGAAGUCGAACCUCGUGAAGCACGAGCGCAUCCACACUGGCGAGAGUCCCUUCCCCUGCACCCAGUGCGGGAAGAGCUUCAGCCAACGUGCCAACCUGGUGAAACACCAGCGGAUCCACACCGGGGAGCGGCCGUUCCAGUGCGCCCACUGCGGGAAGAGCUUCAGCCAGAAGUGCGAGCUUGUGUCGCACGAACGGAUCCACACCGGGGAGCGGCCGUUCCAGUGCGCUCACUGCGGGAAGAGCUUCAGCCAGAAGACGAGUCUGAUCGCUCAUCAGAGGAUCCACGUGGGUCAGCUACUGAGUGAAUGUGCUUAGGGUGAUGCCCUCCCGUCCAGCUCUGUCCGGCACUCCGGCUGAUGCCAAUGGGGGGCGGACGUGCAGAUCGAGGGAGGUGCAUGGCUCUGGGUAUGGAUCCAUCAGUAAAUAUCUUCUCGCUUACUGGGGAGCAAACAAGGGAGGAAUUGGGGCUCUCAAGCUUGAGAUUUCCAAACACGUCCCAGAAAGAGUUUAAACAGCUCCUUGAAUUGCCCUUGUCAGGAGAGGGGGGAUAUUUCAAACCUGCCUUCCGGUUAACACAGAGACCGUGUCAGACUUUCUAAGGCUCGGCAGGUCGGGAAACACCAUGUAAUUGUCAAGAAGUCCAGAAAACGUCUGGCAAAGCAGGAACCAUGUUGAACAGCAGAGCGUUCCCUCAGGAGAAGAGGGGGCAGGCUUGGAAGACGCAGGGCUGAUUCAAACCUUGGGUUUUCCAGAUGUCUGAUGAUGAACCUUCUGAGCUUGACUGACCCUCAGGAAGACUGUAGGAUGUGGGUAUGGCGUGGUAGACCCCUCAGCAGUACCCUCAACUAGCCAAUGGGAACAUGGAGGGCUGGAAGGGGUGGAGAAUGAUUAAUGGGGUAUGAAGAACAGCUGGUCAAAUAAUAUUCAGCAAAUAUAUGAUUUGGUCCUUGUUGAGCAAUGAAUCAAAGAAAUAACUUUUUGAAGUGUUCAUUCAGCUGUUGAAAACUGUUCCUCAAAGAAAUUAUUUGGGGCCAGGUUCACAAAGGUGUUUAGGUGUGUAAAGGUGCCGAUAGGUGCUGUUGUCAAUCUCACUAGCACAGGGGUUCUCAAACUGGGGGUCGGGACCCCUCAGGGGGUCGCGAGGUUAUUACAUGGGGGGGGGGGUUGUGAGCUGUCAGCCUCCACCCCAAACCCCGCUUCGCCUCCAGCAUUUCUAAUGGUGGUAAAUAUAUUAAAAAGUGUUUUUAAUUGAUAAGGGGGGUCGCACUCAGAGACUUGCUAUGUGAAAGAGAUCACCAGUACAAAAGUUUGAGAACCACUGCACUAGCACCUAAGUGAGUCAGGCACCCCACUCCCCUGGACUCUCAGUGGUAUCUCUGGCCCAGGUCCUCCAAAGUAGUUACGCACCUAUACUUGGAGGAUCUGGCUGGAGGCGCCUAACCUGCUUAGGAGCUUUUGAAAAUUCUCGUAGGCGCUUAGCUGCAUCUCUAGACACCAAAAUGCUUUUGCAAAUCUGGCUGUUGACCAAGAACAGCCAAGGCCAGUGAGUAAUGCUGAAUCCGUUUUUCUGUUCUUCUCACAGACCCAGAUCCAUUGGUGUGUGGCAGGUUUAAACGCAUCCUGAUGCGUGGGCGAGCAAAAGCCAUUAUUCUUGAUGCUUUUUCAGUGGCGAGUAAGAAAUAAUGUCAAAACUAUGCCAAUAAUAGUUAUUUCCUGGAUGCUGAAUUGAUUAAACUUACCCCAAACUACUUCAAA